CGAUGGGUCAGGUUCGGUUCAAUUUAAUUUUCAGUCACUUAAAAAUAAUACUGCAUCUAAUCAACAUGCCUGGAUUAUUGACUCAGGUGCUACUGAUUACAUGACUUGGGAUCCUGCAAAAUUACAAAAAAUUUACCAGAGCAGAGAUUCUCAGCAUAUGACAGUGGCCAAUGGAAAUCAAGUUAAAAUUCAGGGUUAUGGCACCUCAAACUUAUUUAAUUCCUCUCUUUCGAACAUUUUAUUCUUACCAGAUUUUAAAUCUAAUCUUUUAUCUGUUGGUAAGAUCACUCGCGAUUUAAAUUGUAAUGUUAUUUUCUCACCAUCCUCAGUACUUUUUCAUGAUCGAAUUUUCGGGAAGACGAUUGGUAAGGGACACCUAGAAAAUGGCCUAUAUUGCCUUUCUGAUCCUCCCCAGCAAUGUCUAGUGUCCAAAACCCCCCAAGACAUGCUUAUGCAUCGAAGAUUAGGGCAUCCAUUCGGCCAUGUUCUCAACAAAUUAUUUUGUUUUAACUUGGAUUCUAGCCAUUGUGAUGUAUGCAAAUUUUCUAAGCACACACGGCUUCCUUUUUCCUUAUCUUUAAGCAUGUCUGAAAAAGCUUUUGAAUUAAUACAUUCCGAUGUUUGGGGACCUGCCCCCGUUACCUCACACAAUCAUUUUUGAUAUUUUGUUACCUUUAUUGAUGAUUAUUCCCGCACUACAUGGCUCUAUUUGUUAAAAGGCAAAAAUGAAGUAUUCUCACGAUUUCAAGAAUUUUACUACUUUAUCAAAAACUAGUAUAAUGCACAUGUAAAAAAUUUUCGUUCAGAUAAUGGUAUGGAGUACAUAAAUAAAAAAAUUUUCUACUUUUUUUAAACAACAUGGCAUUACUCACCAAACCACAUGUGUCAAUACUCCCGAACAAAACGGCAUCUCUGAGCGAAAGAAUCGCCAUCUCCUCAAUGUCACCCAUACCCUCCUGUUUUAACAUAAUGUUCCCUCCAUCUUUUGGUCGGAUGCCCUCCUAACCGCUACCUAUCUUAUUAAUAGAUUUCCCUCAGUCACCUUAAAUCAUAUGAGUCCCUUGGAAAUUCUCAAAGGUCGGAAAAUUGAUUUAGGUCACCUUCAGGUCUUUGGGUGCGUGUGCUAUGUGCACGUCACUCGCCAACACAAACUAGACAAGUGGUCGGUUAAAACUCUUUUUCCUUGGAUAUUCCUCCACCCAAAAAGGGUACAAGUGUUAUGAUCCGUUGACUCACAAGACUUAUGUCUCUCGGGAUGUCACCUUCCUCGAGAAUGAGUCCUACUAUACCAACCCUACCGGUGCUGAAUUUAAUUCUCUUUUUCCGCUUAACUCUGAUAUUUCUCUUAGCAGCUUUGAUCACAGUCCACUUCCGGAACAACCACCUGACAUCUCAAGGCUAAUUCCUUCAGGGGGAGAUAACCACUCACAAGAAGCCCUAUUUCAUGAAGUCUCAGAGGAAGCAACUGCCUUGAGACGUUCUAGUCGACAAACCAGACCACCUGUGAAAUUUAGAGACUAUGUGUCUCAUACGGUGACAUAUCCCAUUCAGAAUUUUAUUUCAUAUAAUGUUGUAUCUAACCAAUAUCGCAAUUAUCUAUGUCAGCUCUCCAAUCACUCCAAACCUACAAACUUCUACGAAGCUAAUGCCGACCCCAAAUGGUGUAAGGCUAUGGAAGAAGAACUUCUAGCCCUUGAAAAGAAUGACACAUGGAGUAUUGUUUCCCUUCCACCAAAUAAAAAACCAGUAGGAUGCAAAUGGGUAUACAAGAUCAAAUACAAUAGUGAUGGAACUAUUGACGGAUACAAAGCCAGACUCGUAGCCCGAGGCUUCACGCAAACUUACGGAGUCGAUUAUCAAGAGACAUUCACUCCAGUGGCCAAGAUGAACACAGUUAAGAUCCUACUUUCAGUAGCAAUCAAUCAAGGUUGGAAUCUAUUCCAAAUGGAUGUCAAGAACGCCUUCCUUUAAGAAAAUUUAGCAGAAGAAGUUUACAUGGCCAUUCCUCCUGGAUAUAAGACAAACUCAGACUCAUCUCUAGUAUAUAAGCUCAAGAAAGCAAUCUAUGGCCUGAAACAAUCCCCAAGGGCAUGGUAUGCUAAACUCAACUGUUUUUUUAUUAAGUAUUAACUUUAAUAAGUGUGAUUCUGAUUCUUCCAUGUUUGUUAGACAUACCCACACACACACUAUUAUUCUUUUGGUAUAUGUUGAUGACAUCAUAAUAACCGGAAAUGAUAAUCAAGAGAUAGAAAAUGUCAAACAACAUCUAAAAAAGGAAUUUGACAUUAAAGAUCUAAGUCAGUUAUCAUACUUUCUAGGCAUAGAAAUAGCAAAAUCCAGCAAAGGUUUAUUCCUAUCCCAAAGAAAAUAUACCCUUGAUCUAUUAAAGGAAACUGGCAAGAUAGGAGCCAAACCUGCUCUCACUCCAAUGGAAACUAAAACUAAACUCAAUUUAGAAGACGGAGAUCCUCUGACCAACAUAGGGCACUAUCAGCGUUUAGUAGGGAAAUUAAUUUAUUUAACUGUCACUAGACCUGACAUUUCUUUUGCAGUUAGUGUGAUAAGUCAGUUUAUGCAUGCUCCUCGUACCAGCCAUCUUGAAGCCAUUGAUCGGAUUCUCAGUUAUCUUAAAGGAACACCCGGACAGGGAAUCUGGAUGAAGAAAAAUAACUCUACUAAUGCAGUCGGUUUCUCGGAUGCGGAUUGGGCUAGAAGUUGUGAUAGAAAGUCAACCACUGGAUUCUGUAUAUUCAUCGGGGGAAACUUGGUGACAUGGAAAAGCAAAAAACAGAGCGUAGUUACUAGAUCAAGCGCCGAAGCAGAAUAUCAUAUGAUGACAUCCACGGCUAGCGAACUCAUUUGGGUAAAGCAAGUACUCAAGGACAUGAAAGUAGAAACCAUGGAGCCUAUGAAAAUGUUUUGUGACAAUCAAGCUGCUCGGCACAUAGCAUCAAACCCAGUGUUUCAUGAAAAGACCAAGCACAUCGAAGUCGAUUGUCAUUUCAUCCGAGAAAAGGUUCAAAAAAGGGAAAUUGAAACUCCUUACAUCAAGAGUCAAGAUCAACUGGCAGACAUAUUUACAAAGGGUCUUGACAAGCAGAAUCAUCAGUCUAUUCUCAGCAAGAUGGGUUCAAUAAACCUAUAUGAACCCAGCUUGAGGGGGAGUGUUAAAGAAAGCAGAAUGAAGGACAUGGAGGGCAUGGUCUCAGAGACUGCACAUUGUGCAGGCUUCUCAUCACUGACCAAGGGUGAAAGGGAGCAACAACCUUUCCUGCAAAGCAGGAAAGGUUACUUCUACCUUACCCUUCUCAGAAAGUAGCCGUUAGGCAUAUACAAGUAUCAGUAUAAAUUCUAUAAUCAGUUGUAAAUGAACUUAGAAUUCUAAGUCUAUUGUAAAUACUCAUCACAGUUCAUCAAUACAAAUUCUACAUUAGUACUAUUAAGGACCUUAAUCUCAUGAAUUGUCAAAUAAAAGGGUCCAUAGCUGAUGACGGAUGGGGAAAACUUUGCAGCCUGCAAGCUUUAGAUCUAUCUUAUAAUAUAAUUAGUGGUGAAAUUUUCGAGUUUCUGGGCAGUUUGUCUGAAUGUAGCAAUGGUAGCUUGCAGAAAUUAGAAUUAUGAGAUAAUAAGUUAAGUAGACAGAUACCCGAGUCAUUAGGACGAUUCAAGUAUUUGAAAUCUCUAUUACCUGGGCAGAACCCUUUUUCAGGUUCAGUUCCAUCUGAUAUUGGUAACUUGUCAUUUUUGGAGAGGUUGAACCUACCUGCCAAUGCAAUGGAUGGGAUAAUCCCUGAUAGCAUUGGACAUCUACCAAAUUUAAUCUCCCUGGAUCUGACACAAAAUUCUUGGAAAGGUGUCUUGUCUGAAACUCAUUUCUUGGGUCAAAAGAAGCUGGAGAGUUUUAGUAUAUCAUCUCUAAGAAUGUUUCUGUCUAUCAAUAUUAGCCAUGAUUGGAUUCCUUCUUUUAAUCUUAAGGAAAUCCAAAUCACUGAUUGUGAUUUGCAAUCCAUGUUCCCCGCGUGGCUUAAACCUCAAAAAAGUCUUUACUUUCUGAUAUUUAAGAAUACAGCAAUUUCUGGAAAUAUAUCUGAUUGGAUUUGGCAAUUGUCUCCACAACUUACUUCCUUGGAUCUUUCAGGUAACCAGUUAAGUGGGGAAGUCCCUAUUCAUUAGAAUUUGGAUUAAGGGCUUGGGUUGAUCUGAGUUCUAAUUACUGGAGGGGCCACUUCCGAAUUGGUCUAAUGUUAGUGAUUUAAAUUUGGACAAUAACAAGUUUUCAGGUCCAAUUACCAUGAAUUUCUGUAGAGAAAUGUCACUGUCGAGAAGCUAAUGGUAGAAUCCUCCAUGCAUAAUUUCAAUGAAGAAUUUGACAAUGCUUGAUCUCUUAAAAAACCAAUUUUCGGGGAAUCUCCUCAUUCCUUGGCAGGAGAUGAAUGUGCGCGUCAUUGACCUAUCAAAGAAUAAUCUAUCCGGCGAACUUCCUUCUUCCAUAUGCUUAUCACCCUAUCUUAAUGUGCUGAAAUUGUUCAGUAAUCAUCUUUCUGGAGAACUUUCUUUGUCCUCGAAGAUCUGCAAGAAAUUGAGCAUCCUUUAUCUUGGAGAAAUAAAUUCACUGACAGCAUAUCAGAAUGGAUUGGGGAGAGCAUGCCAACACUGGAAGGUUUAGGCCUAAGAGGCAACAUGUUUACUGGAAACAUUUCUGAACGCCUUUGUAGCCUUGUUGAUCUCCAUAUCUUGGAUCUUGCAGAAAAUAAUCCUUCUGGAUUUAUCCUUUCAUAUUUUGGCUAUUUUUCAAAAUUGAAAUCUCCUCCUAUUUAUUUUCCUCAAGUUCUAUACUCCCUUGUAUUGUAUGAGGAAAAGAUGGACUUGGUUAUGAAGGGAAGACAAGUUGAGCAAAUCCGCAUACUUGGCAUUGUAAAUGUCAUAAACCUGUCAAGAAAUAAUUUCAUGGAAGAAAUUCCUGAAGAGAUAAGUAAUCUUGCAUACCUUGGUUCCUUGAAUUCAUCUUGGAACCAAUUGACUGGAAAGAUUCCAGAGAAGCUUAAAGACCUGAAACUAUUAGAAACACUUGAUCUUUCUUCCAACCACCUUUCAGGUCCUAUACCCCCUAGCAUGACUUCCAUGACUUUGUUGAACUACCUGAACCUGUCGCACAAUGACCUGUCAGGACCAAUCCCAACAGCCAAUCAGUUCCAAACCUACAAUGAUCCUUCCAUUUAUGGGGGAACUCUCAACUUUGUGGAUCUCCAUUACCAACAAAGUGUUCAACCUCCAACGAUGAGGACCAUCCAAGAGUUAAGGAUGAUGAAGGUGGCGACGAAGAUUGGAUUGAAAUGCGAUGGAUUUAUAUUGCAAUGGCACCAGAAUUUGUUGUUGGGUUUUGGAUUGUUUGUGGAACUUUGAUAAUAAACAAGUCUUGGAGACACGCCUAGUAUCAUUUUGUCGAUGAAGUGAUUGAUAGAAUCUAUGUGUUCUUUGCCUUGAGAAAGGCCCGUUUGAGAAGAAAGUUUUGUGGUCAGAGGAAGAAAUCUAAGAAGGUUAGAGGGCUGCAAGAAUAGCUCACUAGCAAAAACAAGAGGAAAUCCUGACGAGAAAGAAAAGGAGUAAAAGAGAAACGGAAAAUAUGCUUCAGGUUUUCAGUAUUUUGACGUUCUCAAACUGAACAUUUGCCACUUGUGAUCUUUCACACAAUAAAUUAUCAGGGUACAGUUACUUAGCUUCUUUUGAAAGUCAGACUAGUCCAGUAUAUGUUCAAUGGAAAGUAUCUAUUGUCUCUUAAAGUAAUUUAACUUGUCGUUCUUGUUAAAAAAAUAAAUAUUACUAUGCUGUUCUCGUCGAAGAAUCAGUUGUUUGAUAGUGAAUCUUUGUCUGAAUAUAGUUGUAAUUUUUCAUUUGUCAUCUGUGAAUGCUUGCAAUUUAAUUAUAGUUUUCCGUCUCUUUUAUGAACAAGUCUUACCUCGUACAACAAAUCAGGUACUAGGCUAUGCAA